UUUUGUUUCAUGAGGAGAUGGACGAGCUACGAGAAAUUUACAAUAAUUGAUUUUUAGAGAGUGCUAUUUAGAAAUUUUAAAGUCCAGUUUGUUAACCGCAGUAUUUGACCUGUCAAAAUUCACAGACCAUUUGAAAACCUUUCGUCGUCAGCAAAGAAAAGAAAGAGACUUAGUCUUAGUUCAGUUCGUUCGUGGUCGCCAUCUUAUGCUGUGCGUCCGUAGUUUCGUUAGUGUUUUAUGUCUCGGUUCAGUGAUAAAAUUGUUUUAACACAGUGGUGAUUUUAGUGUGUAUGCCCUAUAAUAAAAAGAAACUAAAAUACAAACAAUGGCGGGGCAAACUAUGACGGACAGGUUACUGGCUGCUAGGCACAGUUUAGCCGGCCAAGGAUUAGCCAAAUCUGUAUGCAAAGCAACAACUGAAGAACUUAUAGGACCUAAAAAGAAACAUUUAGACUACUUAAUUCACUGUACAAAUGAGCCGAAUGUGUCCAUUCCGCAGUUGGCCAACCUGCUCAUCGAGCGCACGCAGAACUCCAACUGGGUGGUGGUGUUCAAGGCACUUAUCACCGUUCAUCACAUGAUGUGCUACGGCAACGAGAGGUUCACACAGUACCUAGCGUCUAGUAAUAGCACCUUUCAGCUCAGCAACUUCUUAGAUAAAGGCGGUGUACAAGUGCUACAAGAUUAUGUGAAAUAUAUUGUUGCAUUGUUUGUGCCUGAAAUUCAAAAUCCUAAGAGUUCAAAACCUCCUUUUGGGUAUGAUAUGUCCCCUUUCAUCAGGAGGUAUGCCAAGUACCUCAAUGAGAAGGCCAUGUCUUACAGAACUGUCGCCUUCGACUUCUGUAAAGUCAAGCGAGGUAAGGAGGACGGUGUUCUGCGUACAAUGAACGCAGAGAAGUUGCUGAAGACACUACCAGCACUGCAGGCACAGCUAGACGCUCUGCUGGAGUUUGACUGUACUGCACAGGAUCUUACCAACGGAGUCAUCAACAUGACGUUCAUGCUGCUGUUCCGCGACCUCAUACGGCUGUUCGCCGGCUACAAUGACAGCAUCAUCAACCUACUAGAGAAAUAUUUUGACAUGAACAAGAAGCAGUGUCGAGAAGCGCUCGACCUUUACAAGAAAUUCCUGAUCCGGAUGGACAGAGUAGGAGAGUUCCUGAAGGUAGCGGAGAACGUCGGGAUUGACAAGGGAGAGAUCCCGGACCUGACAAAGGCUCCGAGCAGUUUGCUGGACGCCCUAGAACAGCAUCUGGCAGCGUUGGAAGGCAAGAAGGGCUCAGCGGCUAACACACCUACCCAGUCCGCAAGUCACCGGACGGAUGUUAAGAGUGGUGUGUCUGCACUUUCUUCCACCAGUUCAGCGUUCGGGACGGCAGCGCAGCAAGCGGAGGGGGUGGAGGAGAGCCUACGACAAGCAGCACUGGCCGAGGAGGAGGCGGCCAUGAACAUAUACAAGUCCAAGGUGCAGUCCCCCACAAGCAUCACAGCCCCCACCACCAACCCCUUCUUGGUGAGCUCUCCCCCCCCCAACGCCAAUCAGCCCAUACUGGACCUGUUUGCAACCCCAGCGCCCGCUGCGGAACCCACAUUGACAUCCACCAAGGCGUCAGAUGACCUGCUACAGCUGGGUAAUCCGUUUGCAGACAUCUUCUCAGGCUCAGCACAGCCAGCACCUGCGGCCCAGCCUCCCAACAACAUGUGGAUGACCAAUGGUUUUAACAACGGUGCAGCACCAGCCAACUCGUUUGUGAGUGACAAUGCUUUCUCUUCAGUUUUUGGAGCCACAGACCCUAACAAUGCCCAGCCUACAGCUGCCCCUGGAGCACCAAACCCUUUUAUGGCUGAUUUCGGCCCGGCAGGGACUAACGCCCCGGUCCCCACAGGGGACUUGUUCGACAGUGGUGACUUGUUUGGUGGUGAUCCGGGAGACCCCAAUGCCGCCAAUAACUCUCCGUUGAGGAAUCCCAACGCCCCUCCCCCACCUCGGCCUCCUCCUCCCUCCAGCGGCACUCCCCGCACCACUUCCCCCACUCCCAGCAAGAGUGCGUUUGACGACUUGAAUGACAGUAUAAGGAUGGCCCUUGGAUCCCCUUCUCGUCCCCCUGUUCCUAGUGCUGCUCCUCAGCCCCCCUCAGGUAUGCCCGGGGGGUUUGACGGCCCACCCGUAGCUAUCCCACCCGGCAUGCCCGGUGUUGUGGGGGUCAUGCCCCCUGGUGGCAUGCCUUACUCUCUCCCUACCUACGGAUCUCCGGCGAAACCGGCCAUGCCGAUGACAGCAGCCGUCCCUGCCACCGGCCCCAGCAAGGUGUUAACAGGUGAUCUAGACAGCAGCCUAGCAUCACUAGCCGAGAACUUGACCAUCAACAAGGGCGCCACUGCCCCUGUCAAGGGUGUGCAGUGGAACUCCCCCAAAAACACAGGCAAGCCCGGUCAGGCAGGUUGGAGCCCGCAGCCCAUGGCGGCCACCACGGGUGCCAACUACAGGCCAAUGGGUCAAGGCAUGAUGAGUCCAGCGCAGUUUGCUACGAUGACUCACUCUCCGCUGGGAGGAAACUUAUCUUGGAUGAGAACUAGCUCUAAUAUGUUUUACUCGGCGAAAAGUCCGUUUGAUUCGGUUUCCUCUCCGUUCCUGCAGGCUGGGGGGGUGCCGGUGGCUGGGGUAGUACCACUGCAGACUCUACCACAAGGCACUACGCCUCCAGUAGACCCCUUCGGCCUUUGAACAGGACUUCAAGUGGACCUAGGACCCGAGUGAACCUCAUCAUAUCCUGCGUUUGUAACAUAUUGUUGCUGUAAAUUUGAGUUAUCCAACCUGCAGCCUCCAUUUGCCAAAUCUAGCGGAUACGGUGUGAAGCGUGUCGGUAGUCGGUUUUCUGUUAAACAGAGGACUAUUGUGCAAUAGCUAAAUAAAUAUUAUAAACACCGUUGACUUAAUUUUGUUUAGGACGGUUUGCGAGAUAAUACAUUAUAGUUAAGGUAGAUGUUGUAUUAUAAGACGGGUGAGGAGUCGAGGUAUUGUGUGCUAUGGAUCCAGACAAUACUCCCCCCCCCCCAGUUUUUGAAUGUAUAUGUCCCCCUCCCCUCCCCCCCCCCUAGUGCGCUACUCUACUCUUGUCUCUAUGUUAAGUUUGUAUUUAAUUAUUACUUGUAGAUAUAACAUAUAGUAGUAAAUUAUCGGGACAUUUCUUUUUAUAUAUUCUUUAUUUAUAUAGUAGAUGUUCGCAUCAUAAGCAAAGUUAUAAAUAUAUUUAUAUUUUUGCCGAUCACCGAUCAUAUUCACCCGCUUUGAGUGUUGUCACGCCGAAUUCUGCUGAACUCUUCAUUUCCGGCAGUUUUUGAAUGUCUUUAACGUUCUAGUCUUUUCUGUCCUCUUCAAUAUUUAUUUUAUCGUUUGUCUUUGUGUUGUUUUAUGUAUUUUUGUUCGCAAAAUAAUCGUCAUCAGUGUUUGAUCGGCUUUACUGUUAUAAGAGUUGUUACUAUUGCCUGUUAUUAGAGAUUAAAUACUAUACUAACUCAAACUAUUUUUAUAUUUGUUUAUCUUAUUUGAUUUUUAGGGUUGCGAUUAAAUUGUAGUUUAAUAUACCCGAGGGUAUUUGUAUGAUUAUUUUAAUGUGUCAUUCCAUUGUGACAGUGUACUAGGUAUUUAUUGUUUCUAAUUUAUAAAUUUAAUUCAACCAUAAACAUUUUAUUUAUUUUAGUCAAUUAUCAUAUGUAAUAUAAUUGAAAUUGUUAUAAAUGUUAUCUGGGAAUAAGUAUAUUUUCUUAUCCGGUGUACUACAACCCAACAUGAUAUGUCUUUGAAAAAGUUGUUGUUAAAUGUGAAUUUGUUAAAAUGGACAUCUAAAAAAGCUUUUACGGUUGAAUUAUAAUCAAUUACUCAGGUAUUAAAAUACAAACUCUUUCUGUCUACUCUUGGUGUUUUACCCUCUUCAGAAAUUCAAAUUUUCUCAUGUCUUUCAGAAUGUUUACUAGUGCCUGCAGUUUCUCUUCCAGCUACUAUCAAUCAUGAGAUGAAUUUCAAGUUCAAUUCAAUUUGUGUCAGAUGUAGAAAAUAAUCGUAAGAAGUUCUAUUAUGGAGUGGGAAAAGACAAAAUAUGAAAACUGUUUGUAAGGCGGGUAAGAUACGAGCGGUGAGCGGCAAGCGGCGAGCGGUAACCUGAGUCGGUUUAGUCGAAAAUGGUACCUAAACUAUACUUUCCUGCAAGAGGUAUAUUGCAACUAUUGUUGCUAUCUGACAAUUGUUUGACUUUAAAAGAAAAACCUUAACACUAACUUGGUCCCAUACUUUUCUGGUGACUGAAGUAUUUUAAAACUUCCGUGCUGAUUAUCCCACAAAUAUUCCCUGGACUGCACCUCAUGUAUCGACCCGUAUUGCAUGUUUGUUGCUGUUUCCCUGUCAUUUUAGGCUGAACUGAAGCAUGACUCACCUGAGCGGCAAGCGGCGUUUUUGCGAAAAUCAGUUUUUUUUUUAAGCCAAUCAUCGGUCUCAGGUAAGAGACACGACUCUCGGCUUUACAAACAAUAAGUUUUUUUUAAAUGUGAAACAAAAGGUAGGUUUUGACUUGGAACCAUGAGCGGCACUGAGCGGGGGCCGCUCGCCGCUCAGACGUAUCGUGGCCACCCUCAACAAAUUUACACGCACCUAAAUGAGACCUGACGCUCGCCGCUCGUAUCGUAUCCGGGGCCUAAUCUUAGCAUUCUAAACCAAUCCACAUAAAACAUUUUAUUGCCAACUAAACUACUUAAUGAGGAAUUUUACAUCUCUUUAAAUUAUAAUAAAUGAGAAAAUCAUUUGUUAUAAUUUGUAAUAAAAAUUAUUUUACCAGCAGACUUUUCCCUUUUAUAUUAUUAAAUUAUAAUGUAUGUGUUUAAAACACAUAACUUUUGUCAUCCACCUCUUGUUAAACUUUAUUGUUGAUAAUUGUAUCAUAAAUGAACUAUUAUCUCAUAAACUCCCUGUAUUACAUGUUAAAGUGUUGUUAAAGAGAACAACAAAAUUAAAUUCUUCACUACAAUAAAUUAUAUGAGACAAAAUACGAUAUUCAAGGAUUGGUUAGUCUGCUGUUUUGUGGAUUUAAAUAUAUGUUUCACUAAUUAUUAACAGUUAAUAAUUUAACUAUUGGAAAUUGCAACAUAACAGAUUUUAUUAAACUUUAAACGAUACUAAUUUGAUAGAAAUAUUCCCUAUUAUAACUCACUUAAGUAUAUAGUUAAAGUGAGCCAUUAUUGAUUGCUUUAAGGAAUAAAUUUGGAUAGCUAAAUCAAUCUUAAACCAAACUAUUUUGAUUUUUUUGGGGUUGAUUAGUAUGUUUCAAAGAUUGGUAGUAUUUAGUGUUAUCAUUGUUUUCAUUUUGUGUCGCAUAUCUCAAUACAGUAAUAUAUUGUAAUAUUUAUUAUCUACUGUAACUUUUAAACAUAAACAAAUCAAUUAUAAAACAUAAUUUAUUUUAAAAAAGGCACAAUAUGUUUUAAUCUUGUGUAGGCCUAUAUUUAUUAUGUUUUCUUUGUUUAUGAUUGACUUGUUACUAAAUUAUUCAUUUAUAUAAACAAACCGUGAUAAACUCUCCUUAUCAUACAUAAUCAUCAUGUUUUCAUUAACAAUUAAUUUCUGCUCCAUUUUGUUUUGUUUGAUUUUUGUCUACCUGUACUUAAUAUUGAAUUAUUUAUUUCAAUUAACAUUAGGUGAUCCAGAGGUUGACCCAAUUAUAAAGCUUCAAAUUUAAUAGUUAAGAUUGCAUUGUAGAAAGACAAUAGACUAUUUUGCAAUUUUAUUUUUUGUAAACUUCAAACGUCAGCUUCCUUUAUACAUUAUUGAAAUUGUAUUUUUAUUUUCUUUACCAGUUUAAAAUUGUUGCUAAAAUAUCUUUUGUUUUUCUUUUUUUACUGCAAAGAUUCUUGAAGAAUUAUGUAAAUUGUCUACAUAAAAAAAGAUCAGUAUUUAAUUAUAAUAACAAAAAUCUCAGUAUAACUAUAUUUAUUUACAUUUUACUCUCAGAUCGAUUAUAACAAGAAAUCACGUCAGUAAAUGUAUAUAAAUGAUUUUUUUUGGAAUAUAAUUAGUUAUAAAAAUAAAUGUGAUACCUAACCUUUCUCUGUCUUCCUGUUGGAGGAUUUCCCAACCCCUCCCGCAGAAACUGAAUGGUUCCUCAUCACAUAAAUUCUCUUCCUUCGGCUGUCAUUGAGAGAGUCAUAUUUAAUACUAAUUAUUACAUAGUAUAUUGAAACAUAACUUGGGUGUUUGGACAUUACUGGUAUAACAUUUUGGUUUGAGAAAGGUGGCUUUGAUUAAUUUGUAUCCAAAAAUUUUUGGGGUUCUUUACAAUUUUCAAAUUUCUUGCUUAGUUAUGAAAAAUGCUGAGACAAAAAUAUUUACCGUAUUUGGCCUUUAAAGUUGGGUGGAUAUAACACUGAGAUUAAUCACAUUUCUUUUAAUGGAAACAUUUGGUAGAUUUGUUUGGUUAUUUGGAAUUUUAGAUGACUUUCGCUAAAAGCGUUGAGUUAACAGGGCAUAGAAACCAAAAAUGUAUGUUAAAGGAAGCUGACUCUUAUGUUGUGAAAUAUCUGGACCGCUUACAGCAAAUACUCAAAGUGCUAAGACAGAGAUUGUUCAUAUUUAGCGUAUGUAUAGUUUAGAGAUGUACAGCAUAUAUAAUGUAAUUAGUUGCGAUGUGAUACAGUAGAUAGAGAGGGUCGAUGUUGCAUAGCCGUAUGUAAGCAACGAUAUCAAUAGUGCAUAUAUGUAGGUGUUCCCAUAUUAUACAUUCCAAUUCACCAGUGUUUAUGUUGAAUCAAAAUAAUUUUAACGUUGUUUGAAAUCUGUUAUUUUCGACUUACAGGAAGUUGUAGCACUUAAGGUAGACAAAAUAUGUGGUUAUGAUUAUUUGUAUUUAUUUUUCAUCCAAUAAAGCAAAUAUUAAUUA